CCAUCUCCGCCAUUUUGUAAAGGCGGUCGAACGGAGCGUCUUCCUUUUAUCCCGGCGCUUGCGUCCGGUGUACGUGCGUAAGGAGCGUGGGGUAGGGCGCGCAGGGCUGAAGAGAGAGAGGGGAUAGGUGCGCAGAAGAGGUCGAUAAGGAGCGUGUGAGCGCGGCUUCCCGGGUCCAUGUUGCCGUUGUCAUCGUGAUGCACCGUGCCAGUGACUGCCGCUCGAGUAAGACGUCCUCUGGCCGAUCCAAAAACGACAGCAGCUUGAGCUCCCGCCAUUCCCGUUCCGAUUCGGCUCGGGGCCGUAGAUCGCACCGCUCCCGCUCGCCCUCUUCUCGCAGGCGACAUCGUCGCCGGUCGUCGCCCAGUAGCCGCACUUCUCGCCGAUCGCCGCCCUUGCGCCACAGUAGGAAGAGACUCUAUCCAGUCAAGCACUCUCGGUCUCCAGUCAAGCACUCUCCAAGCCUGAGUGAUGCGAACAGAUGGACUGACCUCAUGGUGAGAAUGAAGGAACUAAGGAUGACUGCCACGUCCCUUCUUGUCCCUUCAACCUUGACUGGUGCUGCACCAAAUAACAGGGAUGACUUGACUGAUGGUCCAAUACUUGGCAGAGGCCCUUCACGCCCUCGAAGCCUUGAGCGAUAUCCCUCUCACAAGGAAAAUCCUUCUAGUCCUUUCAAUUUGAGACAUGAUGUGGACUAUCGCAGUAGGGAUGUUUUCCUCCACCAGUCAGACUACAGCAGGAACUAUGACCCUCUACAGGAUCUCCCAAGGGAAAUUGAUAAGGAUGAUGUACUACUUAGAAAGUCCUCAUAUUUAUCAGAGGAUAAAGGGCGAGAACCUAAAUGUCCUCGAUAUGACAGAGACAAUGGACUUCUUGAUAUGGGCGUUGAACCUCAAGGUUUCUUAUCUGGGACACGGAACUGCUGUAAACGAAAUCCUGGUAGGAGCCCAAGCCUACCAUACCUGGAUGAGGAUUUACGUGAACUCGAAUGUGCUAGGAGAAAAAGAGAAGAGGAGGAGCUGAGCAGAAAUUGCAGUCGAGACCGAUUACAAUCUUCUGAACUUCGAUACCUUUACAGACCAAAUGAAGCACCAGCAAUGCCCAAAAAGUCUAUCUUGAAGAAACGCAUGGGCGAUCCUUCCGUGCAGCCUGAAGUCUUUUCUAGCAGUUGUGCCUCUACCAAGGGCUGCCUCCUCCUUUCAGAUCCUCCUCCGCCUCUGCUCCAGGAUUCAGCUGAGGAGGCAAAUUUCCUCAAACAGUUCAAUAAAAAUGCAGUUAUGGAAUUUGCAAAUAAAGCAUCUCAAGGCAAUGUGCAUGAUUGGAAACUACAUUCUGGCCAACAACAAAACACUUCCCCUUUCGAACAGAAUUUUGGGAGUUUUUUAAAACAGAAAGACUAUUAUGAGUCCACAUCAGAGCCUGAAGACCGACAUAAUGACUUCUCGCUUCCCCAUGAAAGAGCCAGCCAGGAUGGGAGUGGCUUUUCACACAUUCUGGGUAUGAUGGCAGAUUCAACCAGUGCUCAAGAAAAGAGAAGGUGCAGCCUCUUUGAUGACAUUGAGGAUGAAGAGAAAUUUCUUUACGGUGAUGAUGAGGAUGACUCUGUCUUUAUUCAAAGGAUAACAGUGAGUGGUGGUAAACAACCCAUAAGGAAGAAAGAAAGUUCUCCACCUCCUGCCAGUCCAUCUGUAAAACCAGACACUUCAGAAGAGUCCAGACCAGAGUUUGAGAAAAUUCAUGACUUGCUCAAAACUAUUGGUCUUGACAUUGGAGUGGCUGAAAUUGGUAAGCUUGCUGCCCGCACUCAGGAACGACUCCAUGGGAAAAAACCAUCUCGUUCUCCUGAUCGUCAUUUGGUGGCUUCUCAUAAACUGGAAUCUAGAGAAAGGCAUCGCAGUCGAAGUGACACUCAUUCUCCAGAAUCAAGGCAGAAUCGCUCUCUCUCACCCUCUGGUUCUUUCCCACCAUCUAAAGAGAUGUCUUCUGUUUCAAAUUCUGAGCACCCUAAAAGCAACCCUGUAGGGCAAGAUUGUUCUGCUCCCCCACCGGAGCAGCCUGCUCCCACAAUAUCUCUAAUCCCAUCUGCUCCACCUUGUCUUCCUCAUUUGUUUCCUCCUCCCACAGUUUCCCAGUAUAGUGUCCCACACUUCUUGCCAUUUUCUGCAACUCAACCGCCACAAAACUAUCAACCUCCCACAAUGCCCCCUCCUGGCUACUAUGCAUAUGGACACUAUAUGUCAUAUGCGGCUUCUGGAUGGCCCAUAUACGCUCCUCCCCAACAGACUGAUCCUGCACCUUCAAAUGUACAUGAGCAUGUUACACUAACAGUGCCACCAAAUCCUUCACUUUACAACCUCAGAGUUAUUCAGACAGUUUCUACAAGCCGAGGCAUGAAGAGAGAGCGAUCUGUGCCUGUACAAACCCCUGCUGCUGCUCCUUGCUCCAGAUUGUUCCCUCAGUCUUCUCUCAAACGCGCUAAGGAAAAAAUACCCGAUGAUAGAAAUCGGGCUUCUCAGAAACAAAAGGUAUUAGAGGAAAGAAAGAAAUUGAAGGCUGAACAAGAAACACGACAGAAGAAACUGCAUUAUCUGAUGAUAGAGUUAAAUAGACUUUCAAAACAGCAAGGGGAGAUGCUGCGGAAGAAACGUAAAGAGGAAGACCCCUUGCUGGUGGAAGUGAACAGACUACAAGAGAAGAUAGCAAAGGAGGUUGCUCAGAUGAAGAUAAGUGCUGAUGCUGCUGAGAAGAAACUAUCUGGGCUUGACAAGGUAGCUCAGAUCCUGGGGAUUGUCAUUUUUGAGAAACCCCAGAAGCAAUCUUUGGAAAAUAAAGACUCCUCAGAAAAAGACAAGUCAGAAAAUGCAAAAAGUGGGGAGAUAACGUGGAACUAAAUCAAGAUUUCUUGGAAAAGCAAAGCGUGCGUGCGUGCUCUUUGUCUGUGUGUAUGGGGAGCUGAUCCAGGGAGGGAGAAGAAACCAGAAGGAUAACACCCAUGUUACUUGCUCAGAAAUUCACAUCUCUCCAUGGGUGUAAAAAGGUUUGUGACCUCUGCCCUGAGCAUUUUGGUUGGGGGCGGAGGGAGAUAGCAUUUCCCUAGUACGAAGCUACUUUUCAAGCCUGGUGUUGUCAACCAUAGCAGUUCUGUGGGGGAACUUCCCUCUUUUACAAUCUGUAGUUUGACACUAUGCUUUCUUUCACGUACAAUUGCCCCUAGUACUCUUUGUUUCCUGGACAAGAAACGAAUAAUAAGCAAGAAGCAGCAACUUAGAAAACCUCCAUUAGCUGCUUUAUAUCAAAAAGAUAUGGACAUGCGGGACUGGCAAAUUUGCCAGAAUGAAAGAAUGAGAAAAAUGGCAUGUUAAACUGCCUGCUUUUGUUGUGGAAAAACAAUUUACUAAUGACUUUUAAUCCAGAUUGGAGUUUAUGAAAACCACCUCGUCAAAGAGCUGCAGUAUUCCUGAAUGCUUGGCCUGGACUUGGCUUGGCCUAAGCAAAUAAUCAAGUAUUAAUAAUGUUGUAGAUGUGAAUAAUAAAUACAUUUAAGACUCUAGGAUUGGAUUGUUUGGGGAAAUCACAAGGGAGAUGAUUAAUUACCUGUGAUGAGCCAAAAAAUAUUGUAGUAAAGAUUCUCGAGAAAAUGAGAUCUCCCCAAAAGCAAGGAGGGAUUUUAGAGGAUAAAAUUAUGCUUGGAAAACUCAGGGGAUAUUCAGUCACUAUUAUUUCCAUGUUAUGAUUUGAGACUUCAAGUAUGUCAGUCAGGUCACUAUGAGUCAGAAAGGAGGAAUCAACUACCAUAUGGAUUUAGGCUUCAAUUGGUACCGGUGUCUCGGUACCAAAGACUUAACGAAUGGAACAAAGAAAAAGGACUUCCCAGGGAUACUAGUGGAUCCAGAGGGGUUUGGCCAAUGCCACGCAAGCCAACAUGAUAUGAGGUGUCCCAAGCACAAAUACCUCUUCCGCUGCAAUGGAAUGUUAAAGAAGUAGAGAAACAAGGACAGAAGGAUGGAGAAAAGGAGAAACAAUGAAACUAUUCUCUUACCUCCCCUCCUAUGAAUUGUAUAAAUUGUAUACUGGAGCAACUGACCUGGAGCUGAACAGGGUUGUGUAAGUUUUUAAUAACAAAAGACCAGUCCAUAGGAACUGGGUUGGAACCAGAGAAACGGGGGUGAAAUGGUGCUAAGGAAGUUGACCUCCCUGUCCCCUCCUUUUCAUGCUGCCCUCACAAGCCCCUUAAAAAAGCUUAUCCAAAAGUCAGGGAACCCUGCCAAAUGGGAUGGGCUGUGGCACUAGAGCCAAUGAGGGGGAAGAAAUCCCUGACAAGGGGGUUGGGGCAGCUUUCAUGAACAGAACGUUGCCUUGAGGUAGAUGAAAAGCUUUAUAAGAGAAGCAUCAAAUUUGCUUUGAGUUUCAGUAGUCCUUUGGAUGUUCAAGAACUUUACUAUUUUCAAGUCAACUGUUGACUAACAAACUUGAUUCAUCAUUGACCAUAGAAAAGAUAAAGAGGUCUCAUUGCAAAACACAGUAUUUACAAGCAUUUUGAGAACCAAGUGACAGCAUGAGAUUACACAAUAUUCUCAUGAGGAAUUUGCAUAAUAUAAGGCAAAAGCAACACCAUGUGAAUAUUGCAGCCAUUCCAAGUAUUUGGACAGCUGUUAAUUAUCUUCUUGAACGAGGUGUUUUUGGCUGCAGUCCUAUAUGUAUUUACCUUGGAGUGAGUCUAUUGAACACUGGAGCUUUUUUCAGAGUAACCAUGCAUAGGAUUGUGCAGUUAGUAAAAACAUGUUAUUCUGGGAGCCUUUUUUGGUUGAAUAUCAGGGUAGAAAUGCUUACAAUAUAUAUGAGCAACAUAAAUAUA